CUCGAGGAGUCAGCCGGACACAUUUUAGUGUUGCACACGCUUGCUUUGUUUACGUGUGCUGAAGCUAGGCUAAGCUAAGCUAACCACAAACUCAAAGCUACUAAACAUCUUUUAAACCAUAAGUGCUGCUGAACUGAAGCUAAAACACAAUGAAACCCGCAGUGGACGAGAUGUUUCCUGAAGGAGCCGGACCGUAUGUUGAUCUGGACGAGGCAGGAGGCAGCAGUGGACUGCUAAUGGACCUGGCAGCCAAUGAAAAAGCAGUGCACUCUGAUUUCUUUAAUGACUUUGAGGAUCUGUUCGAUGACGAUGACCUGCAGUGACGACAGCGUGUGACCACCUGUCUGUUUCUGUGAAUGUUGUGUACAUAAGAAACAUUAAAAUGGGCUUAUUCUGACUACAA